AUGGACCACAAGAUCAACUGCCCCAAUGUAUGCAUUCCUAGCUCUGAUGAGCACCGAGAAAAGAAGAAGAGAUAUACUGUUUACAAAGUAAUAGUUUCCAUAGGUCGGAAUGAAUGGUUUGUGUUUAGGAGAUAUGCAGAAUUUGAUAAGCUAUAUAACACGCUUAGGAAACAGUUUCCAGCUAUCAACCUGAAAAUUCCUGCAAAGAGGAUUUUCGGGGACAAUUUUGAUCCAGAGUUUAUUCAGCAGCGGAGAGCAGGUCUGAAUGAAUUUAUUCAGAAUUUACUCCGACAUCAAGAAUUAUGCAGCCACCCUGACGUCCAGUCAUUCCUUAAGCUGGACUGCACCAGACACCAGUCCGAUCCCUCAGAGGAUGAAGAUGAAAGGACAGAUCAGAAGAAUGGUUCACCUUCACAAAAUGUCAACCUUGGGCCCUCUGGAAACCCUCAUGCAAAACCUUCAGACUUUGAAUAUCUCAAACUGAUUGGUAAAGGAAGCUUUGGAAAGGUUGUUCUUACAAGA